AUUAAAGACGGAUCCCGAUUGUUCAGCUCUUUUCUGAUGAAGGUAAAAAGCUACAAAUGUAAACAAAAACCUUCUGAUCUGCGAUUUUGUGACCGGGUCAUUUUGAUAACAAACAAUGUCAGUUGCAGCUGUUAACAGAUUAUUGCUGUCAGGGCAGUAUGCUACUGUACUGUCGGUGGUUAAAGGUUUCAGAAAUGGGGCCGUCUAUGGUGCUAAAGUCAGGUUUCCACAUUCACUGGUAAUGUCAUUCUUGUUUAAAAGGGAAAGUCCAAAAGAUAUGGCAAAAGGAAUUUUAGAAGCAACGUUUACACAUUCUAAGAAUUUGGCCAUGUUUGUAUUCCUGUAUAAAUCAUUGACCAGUCUGAUGGCAUGGUUACAGUCGGAGAAAGUUGAGUUUCACUCCUUUAUGGCAGCAUUUGUUGGAGGAUAUUUGGUGUUUGGUAGAUACAACAAAGUUAAUGAACAAAUUAAUUUGUACUUGCUAUCAAGAAUUUUAUAUGGAUUAGCCAAGCUAGGAGUUCAAAAAGGAUAUAUACCAAAACCGAAACAUGACACUUUUCCAUUUUUUGCUGCAAUAGUUUGGGGAGUAGUUCUGUGGAUGUUUGAGUAUCACAAGGACACAUUACAGCCGUCGCUGAAAUCAUCCAUGACAUAUUUAUACCAUGACAGUAACCAAUGGAAUAGCUUCAAAAACUUCCUUAUAUACAACAAAUGAUUAGAUUAUUUGUAAUAUGUUUUUAUGUGAUUUGAACAAUCAAUUCAAGUCUUUCAUCAUGUAUUAAUUCUUUCAUCAUUUUCAUUGAAAACAUUGAAACAUAUUAGCUGCAUCAGAUGGAAAUCGACCUUAUGCAAAUAAAUUUCAAUACAUCUUUUAACGUAUUUUGGGUUGACAAAAUCUCUAUGGAAAGUCUGUAACUAUUUGAAAAUUUAGCUGUUAUGAGAAAAUCUACAAAAUAGACAUAUAUAUAUAAACUCAUCUUUUAUUUCGUAUUUAAAUGUUUCAAAAUCAAUCAAAGUCUUAAACAUGUACAUGUAUACGUGCACUUGCAUAAGGUCGAUUUCUAGCUGACACAGCUCAUAUAUUGACUUCAUACUGUAGAAACAUUAACAUUUGCCACUUUAAAAGUUUGUGGUUAUUCUUUUAAAUAAUUUAAUUUCAUGUGGAUAAAAUGGAUAAGGUGACAUUUCUUUUUUUAAUAUCAGAUCUUCCGACCAUUUUUUUUUCAAGAAGAACUAAAAAAUGAUAUUUUAUGCAGUUGAUUCCUGCCUACUUAACCAAAUUUAUUAAUUGAUGAAUAAAGGCAAUAUGUGAAAUAUGGGACUAUACUGAAUAUGGAUCGAAAAGAAUCUGUCACAUAAAUAAAACCAGCGACUCAUUUCACAAAAAAUCUUACAAGAAAAAGUACUCGUAAGUCAUGAACAUUUCAGUAUAACUUACGAUCAAUUUUAGUCGUAAGAUUUUUUGUGAAAAGAGCCGCUGGUCUAUAUUUCUGAGAUUUUUAGGUUCAUCAAAGGUUAAUUUUUUGUAACUCUGAAGGCUGCAUCAUUUAUUGUAAACUGUGUACGGUGAAAAUGUCAUUAAAAUAGAAUUCAUUAGAGAUUGUUGAUAGUGGGAAUGUUUUUGUGAUAAACCUGCUUUUAGGUCUUUUUGUAGAGCCAAACCUAAGAUUUGAAAAUUUGUAUUUAUUGUUUCUCUGCUAAGUGUAUAUAUGGAGCAAGGGUCAAGACUGGUUAUGUCAGAGUCAGAAUAGUGUACCCAGGUAGGAUGACAAUAACAAUAAGACCAAGAGUGUUGGUCUAAUACAAAGCAAGGUUAAUAUUCAUGUCAAAUUAAGAUGUUCUCAUCCUUAUAUUCAUAUAUUAUUUCCCUCCUGAGGUCCUUAUCUUUAAACAACAGUUCAUCAUCAUCAUCAUCAUCAUCAUUAAGGUUGUGCACCUGGUAAUUUAGUUUGGUCGUAGUGUUUUUUAUUUGUUAUAAUGAAAACAUAAGCUUGCCCCUUUAUUUAUUUUUUGAAAACAGAAGACAUAUACAUGAUAUAUGAAUGUACUGACACAUUUUUGAAUUGUUAAAUGAAAAAGGCAUAUGAUUGGACAACUUUUAUCCUUUUAUUUGAAUAUCACAAUAUUUGAAAUGUGUGUCAACCAAACUCUCACAGAAGUUCAUUAAAUAGAAGUGUGUCAGAUAUUACUUUUUUAUAUUUUUGUUUAAGCUAUCAGACAUUUGGCAUUCCAAGGAUCGAAUACAAAAUAUUUCCCCACAAUUUUGUUCUUAAAACUUCUUAUCAUUGAUGCAAGUGACAGCCUUACUGAAAAAGAUUUAUGCAAUAUAAGAUAGUUUCGGGGAAGCUCAAUGCUGUUGAUCCUGUUCUAUUGAACCAGAAAUGGCCAUUUAGGGUAUUAUAUAUCAACUGUGAUGUCACAAAAGGCUUUCAGCAUUACUUGUCAUAUUUAUGUAUAUUGAAACCAACAUGAUUUAGGAUUUUAUUUCCUUCCAUUUAGCAUAAUUUCAUCUGUAAUAAAAUUCGUUCAAUCUAAUUGAAAUUUGAUUUAAUUAGAUAGAGAUUUCAUUCAAGAUAACAGAAUGAUUUGUACUUAUUGUUGCAAUGUUGAUUAUUAAUGUAUUUUCUUUAUUAUAUAAAUAAUUCAUUUUAUAUGUAUAUAUUUUAUUAAUAUAUAAUUAAAUUUAUCAAUUAUAAAAUAAUUUUUCCAAAGAUGCUUUUGUUUGUCUUGAAAAAUAUAAAUAAUAGAAAUUCAGAAAUAAGUGAUUGUUUAACAAUCGAUAAAAUUGCGGAAAAGUAAAGCUGCAUACAAUAAUGCUAUCAAAAUUUUUAAUUUCAUUUUUUCGACAUCUCUCUAGUCACAGUUUUUGCAAAAAUAAAAGCAUUGCUAACAUUUCUGAAUAUACAGUAAUUGAUUUCAGUGUGCAUGAGGGCUAUUUCAUUCAAAUGAAUUAUAAAGGAGUGUGGAAAGAAGGUUUAAAUUUUGGACAUGGGUCUUGGGUCUCUUAUAGUUAAACAUAUAAAUAAGAAGAUAUGGUGUGAUUGCCAAUGAGGAAAAUCUCCACAAGAGGCCAAAUGACAUAUAAAAUAACAACUAUAGGUCACCGUACGGCCUUCAAUGUCCAUUUUAUGUAUGCAAAAUUACUCAAAGAAAGUGUGUAGGCUGUGGGUAAAUAGUGUAUGUCCCUCCCUACCCAUACACAUUCAUUUUAAUCGAAUAGCACUGACUCAUUUCUGGAUUUACUUUCAUCAAGUUCCCUCCAGACCAAAAGUUUGAAAGCCAAGUGCAAAUAAAACAACUUUAGGUCGAAUUUAUUUAAGGAUAAGUUGCAACCUUAUGUUUAGUGCAUAUACUCACAUGACUUAGUUUUAUAUAAUCAUUUAAAUAACCAGAUAUUGAACAAAAUUAAGAAGACGUUUUGUUUUGCAUACAAAUUUAAAUUCUGAGAUAGAACAAUUAUCAAAUAAUUUAGCUUGAAUGGCAUAAUAUAAAAAUCAUUGGCCCAACUUGGAGUCUGCAAUUCAUUUUCAUGCUUUUUAAAAAAUAUUUCAGGAGCUUAAUAAAGUAAGUAAUAACUUCCUCUGUAUAUCUGGAUGUCCAUGUCUAAAAAACAAAUGGUUUUCAGAUGAUAACUUAUUAUAAGUAUUUCUUGCAAGACUGCAAUGAAACUUUUACAGAAGGAAGAUCUGAGGAUGAGAAGAUUUUUCAGUCAAUAAGCCAAAGGUCCAGAUCACUGUUACUUAAAAUAGACAAAGUUUGGAAAAAGUGUUACCGGAUGGUAAAAUGAAUUUCCCUUGCUUGAUAGGAUUAAAAUUGAUACUGGGAAGAGAGACGGGCAUAUUGAUUUUGUGUUGGGAUCAGUAUGUAAAUGCCAAUGUCACUUAUUUAAAAAAUAUAUUUAUGCCCCACCUAGGGGCAUUAUGUUUUUUGGUCUGUGCGUCUGUUCGUUUGUCCAUCUGUCCCGCUUCAGGUUAAAGUUUUUGGUUCUUAGGGUUAAAAGUUUUUGGUCAAGGUAGUUUUUGAUGAAGUUGAAGUCCAAUCAACUUGUAACUUAGUACACAUGUUCCCUAUGAUAUGAUCCUUCAAAUUUUAAUGCCAAAUUAGAGUUUUGACCCCCAAUUUCACAGUUCACUGAACAUAGAAAAUGAUAGUGCCAGUGGGGCAUCCGUGUACUAUGGACACAUUCUUGUUAAGUAAGAUUCAGGAUAGUAUUCCACAAUAAAUGGUAACAUAUUUGUACAGAUGAUUGAUUGAUCAGCACUGAGUCUGUUGGCCAUUCCGUGGAGGCUAAUUUGUAUUGGCGGAGGAAGCUGGAGUGCCAGGGGAGAACCACUGACCUUCCGUAGGAAAACUGAAAAUCCUACUCAAUUAAGAUUGGAGUCGCAUGUGGUUCUCGAACUCACAACCUCAGUGUUGACAGGCUAGUGAUCAUACAAUAGUUGAGCUACUGAGACCACUCGGCCACAGAGGUCCUUUUUUCAGGUGAAAAAUUAGCGAGAAUAUAUAGUACAAGCUUGUUCGUCCCUUCAAGCUUUGAAAGGAUAGAAGACACUCUAAAAUAACCAAUACUCACAUUGUAUAGUUCACCUCGGUGAAUAGAUUUCAUUAUUAGAAAUCAGAUGACAAAUGAAAAAUAAUAAAAUAAAAGAGGGGGGCAAGGGGUUUAACUGUUAUGCUGUUUUGGGGCAAUUUAAUUCUUUGUUAUCUGUUAUUCUGAAAACAUAUUUGCUGUUAACUGUUAUUACCUUAUUCCUUGUUAGCUGUUCUAGGACUAUUAUUUUUUUUGUUAUCUGUUAUUGUGAGAAUGUAUUUGCUGUUAACUGUUAUUGAAAAUUGAAUGUUAGCAUUUUGACCGCCAAUCUUUGGUAGUUAUUGAAAAUUGUUGAACAUUUGGGUCUUACCACUGGUAAUAUGGAGAAGGAUUCCGGUAACAUACCGUGACAUCAUAGAAACAUAUUAAAAUCAGUUGGGUCCAGGACCAUUCCAGUAUAUCUUAUCAUAAUCCUUCGUAAUAAAUUACAUUUUCUUUGAAAAAAUGUAUUGAGUUACCGAGAAUAUGUUUAACCAGAGACAUAUAUUAUAUGUCUCUGGUUUAACUCAAUGUAUGAUUAUUUUUUGUUAUGGAAUACUUUUUUUCAGCAUUUAUUUUUGUGUUUUUAAAGAAACUCACACGUGCUUGUAAUUUAAAUAGUGUGUGUAUUCUGAGAAAGGAAUCACAGAGCCGAGUCUGUGUUCCUUAUUGUAUAAAAUUUAUAUACAAUAAGGAACACACACUCAGCUCUGUUUAACAAGAGGCUCUCAAGAGCCUGAAUCGCUCACCUGUAUUUCAAAGGAGAAGAUUUUUAAAUGUUAGCAAACUUGAUGAACAAAUU